UUCCGAGACGUGAGGUCGGACAGAGCAAUAUUGAAAGCCUUAAUUCAUAAUAUUCCAUUGACAUAUCCUGUCUUGGGAAUCAAUCGCCUCUUCACACUUCAGAACUUGGAAAAAAACCACCACCAGCCACCAAUUCUGAGGGUGGAUUUGAUUCCAACCCAAUAGUGAACCAGAACAACCCCGCGCACUCCAAAUUGGAUAGUGACUCUUUCGGACCCGGUGAUCAGACCCUAAGAGAGGCAUUAGCAUCAUCAUUUCUAAGCAAUGUGUUGUGGUGCUUGUUUGAACUAUUAGAAUUGACAGCCAUCGACUGUGAUGCAGACAGCCAUCAAUCCCGCUCCAGCCGCGAGACUCACAUUGAGCUCGGGUUCGCCGCCCUCCUCCAACAACCACGCCCAGACCUCGGAGGGUGGAACACCACCUCCAUCCACUACGUCGGGGAGCGAGGACAUUGCCAGACGAUUGCAGCAUGCACUUCAAAAGAGGGUCUCAUUGGAAAAUGGUUCCAAGUUGAAUCGUGAUCCAAGUCCCGAUUUUUCGUCCAAGGUGGACGAAGACCAGAUGUCCACUCAUAGAAAUCAUCACUACAAAGCAUCCUCCAAUAUGCCAGACCUAAACGAGGUGAAAAAUGCCCGUCGGAUCCAAGCAUCCUCCCAUGAUGUCGAGGCCGAGUCUGCAGUUCAAAUGAAGGAAAGAGUCCUUCACUCACGUCUUCAAGAGUUGUCGGAUAAGAUUCGGGUGACGAGUGGAGCUUCCGGAGACAGAAGCGAGGAUUUGUCCUCGGUGUCAAAAUCCAAAGGCCCUGUUGAUAUGGCCAAUGUCAAUGGGAAACUCCAAGAGCUUCACGAUACCUUGUCUCGAUUACGGCAAGACUCCGAGGAUCAGAUCCAGAGACUCCGGCAAGAAUCUCAAGACGCCACCAAAACCAUUGAAAAACUCCAAUCUCAACUUCAGCAACAAAGUGACUACGAAAAUCUCAAGCGCGAGAUCUUGCUGCUCAAGACUCAAGGCGUGGCUGGAGCCGUGGGUUCAUCCUCAUCGACUUCGUCGUCUUCUGCCCCUUCCAAUCAUCCCUCAGCCAUCAGUCCCAAUGACAAACAGUCAUCGGUGGCUUCGUCACUUUUGUCAACGGUCACCUCAGCCUCAUCUCCGACUUCAAACACUCCAUCCUUGGAGAUGCUCUUCGCCUUGGAGAGGGCAAAGGAGCUACAGCAACAACAACAGCAGCAGCAACAGCAUCAGCAACAACAACAGCAACAACAGCAACAACAACCCAAUGCCUCAGCUGCAGCCGCCAUCAAAGCAUUUACAGACAUUCAAGGCUCGGCGAGUGAACAAUUCCCCAACUUGGGUGGGCCCAUGCGGCAUCAUCCGCUCUUCCCAUCACCCACCAUGCCGGGCAUGGAGGCCCUAGGCCUCAUGAAUGAAGAGAUGAUGGCCCAAUGGAGAAGGUCGCUAGAGCAGUCGCCCUUAGGAGGCCUGGGUCUCACCUCUGCCGCGUCCCCCGGUCGGGUCGGAGCCCCUCCCACGUCUCUCCCCGCACUUCCUAGUGCUCCAAUUAGCCCUCCCAAUUCCAACACCACCACUCCCACCUCCACACCUGCCAUAUCUGGAUCUCAACGGGCGACCUCCCCGGUCUCACCUGAUCUGAAGGACAUUCGCCAUCGGUCUUCUUCCAAUGAGCGGUCCAGCCCGGAUGACGACAUCGUCGACCCUCGGCCCUCCUCUCAAGCCAAUGGCUCCAAAGUGAGCAGUGAGGACGAGGUCACCAAAAGCCCGAUCCGGCUGGACAGCAAGAGCCCAAUCAUCCGACCCGAGGAUUCGCCAAUGCAAUCCCCACUUCAUCAACACUUCCAAAACUCCCCGGCUCUGAGUUUGUCUCUGCCUCUGUCCGUUCCACCGUUGAUGUCGACGGGACGGAUCCCCAAAUCGGACCCGAUGGAGGGGCGUCUGCAAGACAUGCUUCGAUACAACAUGGAAAAAUACUCGGGUCAGGCCCUGGACACCCUUGGCAUCUCCCGUCGGGUGCGGGAGCUGCUCUCGAUUCACAACAUUGGCCAACGUCUGUUUGCCAAAUACGUGUUGGGCCUUUCUCAGGGCACGGUCAGUGAGCUCCUGUCGAAGCCCAAGUGUUGGGAGAAGCUCACCGAAAAAGGUCGAGAUUCCUAUCGCAAAAUGCACGCCUGGGCCUAUGAUGACAAUGCAGUGCUCCUGCUGAAGUCUCUCAUUCCCAGGAAGGGCGAAUUGAUGCGCACUGUUGGUUCCAAUCCACUUCUUAUGAAAGAUCGAUCUAAUCCAUCGAUGGGCUCUCUAACUCAGCCAGGGUUCCCUUUUCCCCCGAUUGUAUCCAGUGCCGACUCCGGGAUGCCCGAUGAGAGGAUUGCCAAAUUCCUGAACCAAGCCAAUAAAUCACUCAAGGAUGAUAAUCCCAUGAGUCUGUCCAAUCUUUUGGGAUUGGGCGAUGAGAAUCCACAUGAGCGUAUGUCUAAAAUCUACCAAGAAGAACUGGCCCGUAUCAUGCAAGGCCAAAGGAAUAGAUUGUCAGAUCAUCAGGGCAAACCAGAUUUGCCAGGCCUCCCUCCCGGCCUGUUCCCAGGCCUGGGCGCUGCGGCUGGCCUCUUUCCUCGCGGUGGACACCCCGAUUUGCAACGUGCCAUGGAUAUCUAUCAACAAGAAUUGAGCCGACUUCAACAAUCUGCUUUGGCUGCGGCAAUACGAGCCCAGAAUGGCAAAGAGGACGAAAUCAAAGAGGAGCAAUCUCGAGCCACACCAGACAAGAAUCAUGUGGACCACGGGGAGAAUGGCCGCCCAUCCAACGCAACACCAUCUCCCAAGAGUUCGCCCUCCUCACCCAACAUAGAUAUUUUCUCUCUAGCCUCCUCUCCCGUGGUGUCUCUGUCGGAUGUCAGCACUAUGGACCUCGCAGCCUCACUCUCUCCACUGCAAAGGAUGGCCUCGAUUACCAAUUCCUUGGUGACCCAACCCAUGAUGCCCAACCAUGGCUUGUCUCAGUCCAGACCAAAUAAGGCGGUCUUGCCCCCGAUAACGCAACAGCAGUUCGACAAAUUCCAACAUUUAAACACUGACGAAGUGGUUCGAAGGAUUAAGGAAAUCUUGUCGCAAUAUUCCAUAAGCCAGAGGCUCUUCGGUGAGUCCGUCUUGGGCUUGUCCCAAGGAUCCGUGUCAGAUUUGCUAGCUCGGCCAAAACCAUGGCAUAUGCUAACGCAAAAGGGUCGAGAGCCCUUCAUUAGGAUGAAACUCUUCCUGGAUGACGAGAAUGCGGUCCACAAGUUGGUUGCCAGUCAGUACAAAAUUGCUCCCGAGAAACUCAUGCGAACUGGAAGUUUUGGCGGAUCUCAUUUAUCUCCUCAUGCCAAAUUGCCAAAAUUGCCAGACUUCCCUCCACGACUUGCUUCCCUGGGAGAUGUUCCUCACUUGCUCGGGCAGAACCUCUUCAACCCUCCACCGCAAGAUGGGUCAUCCUCACCUUGUUCCUUGGGGGAUCGUCCCACACCAAUAUUGGAUCCUUUGAACCUGCAUCGAAAGCUCAUGGCCCAACAGAAGGGCUCCUCAGCCAAUUCGGCAGUGGCCCCGAGUCUCUACGAAAUGGCGGCCCUCACUCAUGAACUGGACACUCAUGCCGUGACAACGAAAGUGAAAGAAAUUCUAUUGGCCAAUAACGUCGGCCAGAAGUUGUUCGGAGAAGCUGUUCUCGGUCUGUCCCAAGGCUCCGUUAGCGAGCUGCUUUCUAAGCCCAAACCAUGGCACAUGUUGAGUAUCAAAGGCAGGGAGCCAUUCAUUCGUAUGCAAUUGUGGCUCACUGAUCCUCAGAGUAUUGAGAAGCUUCAAGUGCUAAAGAAUGAAAGACGAGAUGGAGGCGCCAAAAGAAAACGCAUCGGAGGAAGUGGAUUUGAUUCCAGCUCUGACCGUUCCUCGCCCGCUGAUCCGUCUGACUUUUAUGCAGCAGAUAGUCCCGGGGGGUCAGCCAAGAAGCAAAGGAUCCUCUUCUCGGAUGAGCAGAAAGUGGCACUUAAAGUGGCCUUCUCUCUGGAGCCCUAUCCCAGCAACACCGUCACCGACUUCCUCAGUCAGGAAUUGAAUUUGGAAGCCAGAACCAUCAGCAACUGGUUCCACAAUCAUCGCAUGAGGCUGAAACAGCAACUGCCCCAUGGGGUUGAUACACUGCCCUUUGGCAAUCGCGAGGGACAAGGUGGAUUCGAGCCAGUCAAAUUCAAACUACUUUGUCACCAACGCAUGAUCGAGCUAAGAACCGAGGAUAAUAACAGCAACACCAGCAGUAAUGGGGGCGUGGGUGGUCUCUCCAAUAACCAACCCUUGCCUGGGGGAGUCUCUUCGUUCCUCAGACAAUUUGGCCUUCCUCCCGUUGUCACUGAAGGUGCAGGCUUGGAUCUCACCUUCAAGCGAGAUGACAACGACAAAGACUCCAUUGCGGCGUCAAGUGAGGACGAGGACACCAAAAUGGAUGACGAUGUCACCAUGUCCUCGUCUCACAGUCAAGCUCUGCUCAGUAACCCGGUUGGCAGUCGCUCUCGACGAAAGCCAGCCGCUCCUCAAUGGCUGCGUCCGGAGGUCAAGUCGUCCGAUGAUUUGAACAUUGAAGACGACGACAGAACCAACUCGCCUUGCGGCAAUGCAAACGUGAAAGAGAGUCUGACCAUCAAUGGGGUUUGUGUGAUGAACUCUUUGGCGAACCGAACCAAUGAUUCCGACAAUGAAGAAGAGACUGAAGAGGAGGAUGAAAGUCGAACCAACAAUAACACCAUGUCGGAGAACUCCAACGGUGAGAAUGCUAUCAAGAGUGAAAAUUGAAGACAAAACAAACGAAUGUAGCUUGCUUUUUCGGGCUCUAAGCCAGCAUGUUGAAUGAAAAUUGUUACCCUCAAACAUAGAAUCAAACCGUGUUGAACUAGGUGGCUGCUCCCCUGAUUCAAACUAGUGACACUUACAACUUACUUCUAUCGCAGAGAAGUGACAUACAUGUGUGCUUUCCCCUCAUUACACUCGCUCUCAUCCUUACCACCAUUUAAAACAAAAACGCUCUUUUUCCAAUGAUCUUUUGAACUUUCCACCAAGUGGACGAUGAUUGUUUUAUUACCUUGUAACUAAUACAAUUAUGAUACAAUGCCACCAAACCACCCCAACCCUCGUAGUUAGUAUAGGAGCCAGAAAUCAUACCAAAAAGAUAUACUAGACCGCUGGCCUUUGAUUGGCAGCUCUAAAACAGUGUCUUACUCUGUAGUUACAAUUGGCAUUUCAACUACGAGUGCUAAACACCACCACCCACCCAAAUAUACAACCAACCAACCAACCAACCAAUGACAUGUAUUAAUGUAAACAAAACCCAUUCAAUCUAACCCGGUAAAGAACCACCUUAACAUUCUAAGGUUGAUAAGCUCACAUUGGUCUCAAAGUGUUGUUGAAUCUGAGGAUCGAAAAUAAUGAUGCUCUUGUUCAUCUUCACCAUCAGCGUUGUCGUCUUCGUCAUCGUCACCCUCCAGAUUUGGAGGUUUGUUAGCCCCUUCUGCCCUUUUAUCUUCUUGUGAUAUUCUUCUUCAACCUUUUGUCACAUUGGGUUCUCGGUUCUAUUCGCACCUCCUCCCCGCUUCAACCUUUAAUCACACCCACCACUAACUAGUCCCAAAGACAUUUGUUCCUCUUCAACAAACAACCCCUUCUGAGUAUUAAGAAGUGAUUGUGUCGCAUUCAGUCUCUUUAAAUAAUCCCCUCAACUCGCUUCCAAAACUACACCAAAUUUUCUAGCCGCCAUGAUCUAGCGUUUGGUCUCCCAGUUUCAAUCUCGUGCUUUUGCGGGUCUCGACACAACCUGGCGGAAUCUGAGACUUCAUUCCUUCAAAAACCCUGGUGCCCAACGAAAACAUUUCCCGUGUCAAUCUCCUCUUUUUCAAAUGGUUUCAUUUUUCAUGACCCACACUCGUUUAUUCCAUGAAUAAGUCCGCCGCGCCAUUCAUUCCCUUCCUCUCUAUUUCAGAAGAACCUUGUUACAAGUGUAAAUUGUCUGUGAGUUUGUAAGUGAUCAAAUAUUGCUUCUUCUGCUGCUUGGUAUUCUUAUGAUUCCUUGUUUGCUGUAAACGAUAAGUAAGUAACCUGCCCCGGUUGAAAAAAAAAAGAAAGAAGAGCGACGCCAAAUUUGGCAGUAAUACUACUAUUGCCACUGUUACUAGGUUGGUGCGUUCCUCCACGUUGAAAAAAUCCGUUAACCACUAUUAUUUGAGUUUACUAGGAUUUUAUAGGCGAUAAAUUGUACGAAAGCAAGUGGCCAGUGAUCGACCAUGAGACCCAAUGUUACCCAUUGUGCACGCAUCCCAUUGGACACUCGGCCCAACUUAAGAGGCCCAUUGAUUGACAGUUCGUCGCUCUAACGCUGUCAUUCACAUACACACACACACACAUCUAUAUACAUAUAAUAUAACAAAUCAAAUUGUUGAAUUGUCCCAAAACAUUGAUUCACUGAUGUAUUAAUAAUGUCACACCUUUUAUCCUGCUUCUUUUGAUGCAUUCAUUCGUCAUCAUGAUCUAAUUAAUAAAAGUCCAGAAACUAGA